CCAAAGAACAUGGAUGAUAAUGAAAGCAAUCAGUUCCUGAUGACAAGCAGCCAAUAUCCUAAAGAAGUAAUAAGAAAGCGCCAAAAUUCAGCACGGAAUUCUAGAGGAAAUGAUUCUAGAUUUCCCAGAAAAAGCUUCAAACUGGAUUACAGAUUAGAGGAAGAUGUAACUAAAUCAAAGAGAGGAAAAGAUGGGAGAUUUGUUAAUCCUUGGCCAACAUGGAAAAAUCCUUCUAUUUCAAAUGCUCUCAGGUGGCUGAUAAUGGAAAAAGAUCACAGCAGUAUUCCUUGUUCCAAGGAGGAACUUGAUAAAGAACUCCCCGUGCUUAAGCCGUAUUUUAUUGAUAACCCCGAAGGAGCUGGAGUGAGGGAAGCUGGGAUAAGAGUCACAUGGCUGGGACACGCCACGGUAAUGGUGGAAAUGGAUGAGCUCAUCUUUCUUACCGACCCCAUCUUCAGCCAUCGUGCAUCACCGUCACAGUGUGUGGGUCCAAAGCGCUUUCGUCACCCUCCAUGCACAGUUAGUGACCUCCCUCCAAUAGAUGCAGUCCUAAUCAGUCACAACCACUAUGACCACCUGGACUAUAAUUCGGUCAUUGCUCUCAACGAGCGAUUCGGUAAUGAGCUGAGGUGGUUUGUGCCUUUGGGUCUCCUCGACUGGAUGCAGAAGUGUGGCUGUGAGGAUGUGAUUGAGCUGGACUGGUGGGAGGAGAAUUGUGUCCCCAGACACGAUAACGUCACCUUUGUCUUUACACCUUCCCAACACUGGUGUAAGAGGACCCUAAUGGAUGACAAUAAGGUUCUCUGGGGCAGCUGGUCUGUGUUGGGGCCAUGGAAUAGAUUUUUUUUUGCAGGAGAUACUGGCUAUUGUACUGCCUUUGAAGAGAUAGGUAAAAGAUUUGGGCCUUUUGACCUUGCAGCUAUUCCUAUUGGAGCAUAUGAACCAAGGUGGAUUAUGAAAUACCAGCAUGUUGAUCCAGAAGAAGCUGUAAGGAUUCAUAUUGAUGUUCAAGCAAAGAAUUCGGUGGCAAUUCACUGGGGAACUUUUGCCUUAGCAAAUGAGCAUUACUUAGAGCCUCGAGUGAAACUGCACGAAGCUCUGGAAAGAUAUGGACUUAACACUGAAGAUUUUUUUGUCUUGAAUCACGGAGAAUCAAGAUAUCUAAAUAUUGACAGUGAAAACUUUGAAUAA